UACUACUGCUACUACUACUACUACUGCUGCUGCUACUACUACUACUACUACUACGAAAUGAGUCUGGUGUUGUACAAAAUAAGCGUAAUGAGCUCGAAACGAGACUGUCACCUCAAGCAGUUCGCAGUUCACGCGGUGCACAGAAUUCGCUCUGCUAUCGCAGAAAUCCCUCGCCCAGACGGCCUAUUCCACAGUUAUGUCAAUUUCGAUAGGCCGAGCUACUGCAUAAGUCAUUCUACCCUUGGUGGUCUCGGUGACUCCUUCUUUGAAUACCUCCUGAAGGAGUGGAUCCGUACUGGCUACAAUGACACCGAAGCUCGACGGCUUUACGACCUGUCUCUUGCAGGCAUCGAAAACAAUGGCAUGAUUCGAACCAGUUCUGCUGGCGACACAUACAUCUCGACAGUUCGAUCCGGUUCCCUGCUCUCCUCGAUGGAACAUCUCGCCUGCUUUGCAGCCUCCUACCUUGCUAUCAAACCACACCUACCGAGCCAAAAGGGUUUUCCGUCCACCUAUUUUUCUUUCUUUCUUUCUGUCUUCUUCUUCCGUCCCUUGUUCGGAGACCAAAAGGGAGUGGUUGCCCGGAAGGUUGUCACUAUCCAAUUAGCUUCGGUUGAAAACCUGACAAAAUUGAAGUUGCUCUCAGCGGGACUUGGUUGA